AUGCCGCGUAAGUGUUUCGAAUAUGCAGAAAAGUACGGCGACAUUGUACAGGUGCGUAUCUUCAACACUAACAUCGUCCUGCUCAAUACCCUGGACUUCCUACAGAAGGCGGUGUCUGCCGACCCCUACAAGCGCUACUUCAACGACAGGGCCGGCUUCUUCUACGGAGAGCACUUCCUGUUCGGAGGCCAGGCGACACGUACACCAGGAGUGGUCCGGGGACUUGUGGACUUGCUUCUAGAUGAGCAGGACCGCCAGGUGAAAGCCGAUGAGUCACUGGUGCUUACGGAGGAACGCCUUCAGGGGAUUGUGCUGGAAAUUAUUGCCGCAGCGAUCGUAGCAGCACUAUGUUCCGAAAGCGCCAUCAUGUCGUGCCUACUCAAUAACCCAGAAUGGCAGACUCGCGUGCAGGCAGAGCUUGAUAAAGUCAUAGGGCGCGAACGGAGACCCCGCCUGGAGGACAGGGAACACUGCCCCGUGCUUGAGGCCGUCGCUAUGGAGGCCCAACGUCUUAUUACGGUUAUUCCUCUGGGCGGGCCUCACUUUUGCCGAGAAAAUAUUGCAUUUGAAGAGUUCGACGUACCGGCAAACACACUAGUACUCCCCAACUUGGAGUACAUCCAUCACAACGAGGCCGUCUGGGGGCCGGACGCCUGGGAGUUCCGACCGGAGCGCUUCAUGGAUGACACGGGUGGCCUGCUGCCGCGAGACCACCCUCGCAGGAGAAAGCCAGUGACUUCACAGUCGAUGGCAUGUGACGCAAGAACUGCCUGCUUGCUCUAUGACCAGGACAGUGCCUUCACAGUCGACGGCACUGACUGCUUUGUCCAUGACAAGGACAUAAACCUGAGGACAGAGACAUGGCAAUCAACGGCAUAUGACACAAGAACUGCCUGCUUGCUCUAUGACAAGGGCAGAAACCUGAGGGUCGGUGGCAUAUGA